ACCAAAGUGUCAGCGAUGGCGGCAGCUGUGGCGAUGCGUUGCGCGAGCGGGAGCGGGAGCGACGGCGGAGGCGGCGGGUACGACAAGGGCGGGAUGGACUCGGGCAAGUACGUGCGGUACACCCCGGAGCAGGUGGAGGCGCUGGAGCGGGUGUACGCCGAGUGCCCCAAGCCCACCUCCACGCGCAGGCAGCAGCUGCUGCGCGAGUGCCCAAUACUGUCCAACAUCGAGCCCAGGCAGAUCAAGGUCUGGUUCCAGAACCGAAGGUGCCGUGAUAAGCAGCGGAAAGAGUCUUCAAGGCUUCAAGCUGUGAACAGAAAGUUGAGUGCGAUGAACAAGCUUCUCAUGGAAGAGAAUGAGCGUCUCCAGAAGCAGGUCUCGCAGUUGGUUCAUGAGAAUGCAUACAUGAAGCAGCAGCUGCAGAACCCUUCAUUGGCCACUGAUACAAGCUGUGAAUCAAAUGUGACCGCUCCUCCAAACCCUCUAAGGGAUGCAAGUAACCCUGCUGGACUCCUUGCAAUUGCGGAGGAGACCUUGACAGAGUUCCUCUCGAAGGCUACAGGAACUGCUGUUGAUUGGGUCCCGAUGCCCGGGAUGAAGCCUGGUCCGGAUUCGUUUGGUAUUGUGGCCAUUUCACAUGGUUGCCGCGGUGUUGCUGCUCGUGCCUGUGGUUUGGUUAAUCUGGAACCAACAAAGAUUGUGGAGAUCUUGAAAGACCGCCCGUCUUGGUUCCGUGAUUGUCGGAGUCUUGAAGUCUUUACAAUGCUUCCAGCUGGAAACGGUGGGACUAUUGAACUUGUUUACAUGCAGAUGUAUGCUCCUACUACUUUAGUUCCUGCACGAGAUUUUUGGACAUUAAGAUACACAACAACAAUGGAAGAUGGCAGUCUCGUGGUUUGUGAAAGAUCUCUGAGUGGUUCAGGGGGUGGUCCAAGUACUGCCUCAGCGCAGCAAUUUGUAAGGGCUGAGAUGCUCCCUAGUGGUUAUUUGGUCCGGCCAUGCGAUGGCGGCGGUUCAAUUGUCCAUAUAGUGGACCAUCUGGAUCUUGAGGCUUGGAGUGUUCCAGAAGUGCUUCGACCGCUCUAUGAGUCGUCAAGGGUUGUUGCUCAGAAAAUGACUACUGCUGCAUUACGGCACAUCAGACAGAUUGCUCAAGAAACCAGUGGAGAGGUUGUAUAUGCUUUGGGGAGGCAGCCUGCUGUUCUGCGGACAUUUAGUCAGAGGCUGAGUAGAGGAUUUAACGAUGCUAUAAGUGGUUUCAAUGAUGAUGGUUGGUCUGUCAUGGGUGGAGAUGGCAUUGAAGAUGUGAUCAUUGCUUGCAACUCAAAGAAGAUUAGGAGCAAUAACACUGCUCCCAAUGCUUUUGAAGCCCCUGGAGGUGUCAUAUGUGCUAAGGCAUCAAUGCUACUGCAGAGUGUUCCACCAGCAGUACUGGUUCGGUUUUUGAGGGAACAUCGGUCUGAAUGGGCUGAUUAUAACUUUGAUGCAUAUUCGGCUUCAGCACUAAAAACAAGCUCAUGUUCACUCCCUGGGUUGCGUCCUAUGAGAUUUUCUGGGAGUCAGAUCAUCAUGCCACUUGCUCACACGGUGGAGAAUGAGGAGAUUCUAGAAGUUGUUCGUCUUGAAGGGCAAGCACUUGAUGAGGGUCUUUUAUCAAGAGAUAUUCACCUGCUUCAGUUCUGCACUGGAAUAGAUGAGAAAUCAAUGGGAUCCUGCUUCCAGCUUGUCUUUGCGCCAAUCGAUGAGCUUUUCCCUGACGAUGCUCCAUUAAUAUCUUCAGGCUUUCGUGUUAUACCAUUGGAUACAAAAACAGAUGGUGCACCAGCUGGUAGAACAUUAGAUUUGGCCUCUAGCCUUGAAGUUGGUUCAACUACACUGCAAGCCUCAGGGGAUGCAUCUCUUGAUGAUUGUAAUCUACGAUCAGUGCUGACAAUUGCCUUUCAAUUCCCUUACGAGAUGCAUCUCCAAGAUAGUGUUGCAACUAUGGCUCGACAGUAUGUCCGCAGCAUAGUUUCUGCCGUUCAGAGAGUAUCAUUGGCUAUCUCCCCCUCUCGAUCUGGCUUGAAUGCUGAACAGAAGAUAAUUUCUGGCUUCCCUGAAGCUGCAACACUUGCUCGCUGGAUAUGCCAAAGCUACCAGUUCCAUCUGGGGGUUGAGUUACUUAGACAUGCAGAUGAAGCUGGGGAAUCAUUAUUGAGAAUGCUCUGGGAUUACGAAGAUGCUAUUUUGUGCUGUUCUUUCAAGGAAAAGCCUGUAUUUACUUUCGCCAAUGAGAUGGGAAUCAACAUGUUGGAAACAUCUUUCGUUGCUCUACAAGACCUCUCAUUGGACAAGAUAUUUGAUGAUGCUGGCAGAAAGGCACUAUUCUCAGAGAUCCCAAAAUUGAUGGAACAGGGCUAUGUUUACCUACCUGCUGGUGUGUGCUUAUCUGGCAUGGGCCGCCAUGUCUCCUUUGAGCAAGCUAUAGCAUGGAAGGUACUUGGUGAAGACAACAAUGUGCAUUGCCUUGCCUUCUGCUUUGUCAACUGGUCUUUCGUGUGAUUUUUCCGUCACGCGCAGCUCCAUUUUUGCUUUCUCUGUGGGAGAGAACCGUUGCCCCUAUUAGUGUAUGCUAUGUUUUAAGUAGUUUCUAGGUUUGAAAGAGCCAUGAUCUGUAAAAAUUGCCUAGAGUAAAUCUGUCUCUCGUCUCUUCUAAUUUACCCAGGCAAGAAGCUGGCUGCUGUCUGUUGAAUUGAGGUACUAACUUGAAUCCCGAAUAGUUCCUACCUUCAUUUAUGUGAUGGAAUGCUAGUAGCAAAUUGUGAUAGCUGGUGUUUAAUUGCCGCUGGUGAAGUUAAUUUUUUGCUUUUGUGAUGCUA